GUGCGCCUCUGUCUGUAUCUCUUAUUAAUUCGCACUUUCUUCUUCAUUUCUUCCAUUCAUCAAAAUCUACGAAAUAUGGAUGAGUACCGAUACCAGAUUGGUUUUGCUGGUGCGUUCUGUGUGUCUCUGGCCCUAAUAAUAAUACUGCCAUGGAAGCUUCUGGAAUGGGCUUACUUCACUCCCAAGAGGCUGGAAAGUUUACUCAGGCGACAGGGCCUCAGGGGGAAAUCCUACCGAUUCAUCCAUGGCGACAUGAAAGAGGUCUUGAAAACCAGUGAUGAAGCCAAGGCAAAACCCAUCAAUAUUGGCGAUGAUAUCAGGCCACGACUCUUGGGGUUUCACCUCAAAUCCCUUCAAAACUAUGGAGGUGAGUGUAUUUUCUGGUCUGGAACCAGGCCUACAGUAAUUGUGAAGGAGCCUGGACUGGUGAAGGAGAUCAUGGCUAAGAACUAUCUCUUCCUCAAGGCAAGGGUGUCGCCGCUGACAGGGCUGCUCGCGCGUGGACUCGUCAGCUACGACAGACAUAAAUGGGCCAAGCACAGAAAACUCAUCAAUCCCGCUUUCCAUCUCGACAAAUUGAGGCUAAUGAUCCCUGCAUUUCAAUUGAGUUGCGACGAAGUUCUAACCAAAUGGGAAGAGCAUCUCUCGCCGGAGGGGUACUGCGAGAUAGACGUCUGGCCUUACCUACAAAGCAUAACUAGCGACGCCAUAUCAAGAACAGCAUUCGGUAGCAAUUAUCAAGAAGGUCGAAGAAUUUUCGAGCUGCAGGGAGAACAGGCCGAGCUUGUAAGACAGGUGUCGCAAUCGGCAUACAUUCCCGGAUGGAGGUUUGUGCCGACGAAAAGUAACAGGAAGAUGAAGGAAAUGUCGAUAGAAGUGAACUCAUUGAUCCGCGGCAUCAUCGACAAAAGGGUAGAGGCGAUGAAAGCAGGGGAGGAUGUUAAGGAAGACUUAUUGGAUAUAUUGUUGGAAUCUAAUUUCAAAGAAAUCAAACAGCUCGGCGGCGACAAGUUUGGGAUGAGCAUCGAAGAUGUAAUAGAAGAAUGCAAGUUGUUUUAUUUCGCCGGUCAGGAAACAACUUCGUCGUUGCUCGUAUGGACACUGAUUUUAUUGAGUAGGUAUAGUGAGUGGCAAAAUCUAGCCCGCGAAGAAGUUUUACGUGUCUUUGGGAACCAAACACCGGACUUCGACGGUUUGAAUCAACUUAAAAUUAUGAACAUGAUCAUCCACGAGGUGUUGCGACUGUAUCCGCCGUUAAUUUUACUUCGAAGAAAAGUCGAUGAGGAGACCAAGUUAGGGAAGUUCACAAUUCCAGCUGGGGUUCAUUUCCUCUUACCCAUACUCUUCUUGCAUUAUGACACUGAAAUAUGGGGCGACGACGCGAAGGAAUUUAAGCCGGAGAGGUUUAGCGAGGGCGUUUUGAAGGCGCAGAAAACGCAAGGAAUGUUUUUCCCGUUCGGCUGGGGACCUCGAAUAUGCAUCGGGCAGAUAUUUGCAAUGUCGGAAGCUAAAGUGGUGUUGGCCAUGAUUUUGCAACGCUUCUCGGUCGAGCUUUCGCCAUUAUAUACGCAUGCGCCGGACACUGUAAUAACACUUCAACCUGUGCGCGGAGCUCACUUGCGUCUGCACAGGUUGUAAGAAGUUUGCAAGCUAUUAAAUUCGAGUAGACUAUAUUAUUAUUAUUGGACAAAUGGAUGCAUGUUUUGUGGGCAAAUUGUUGGUAAUAGAAAACAGGAAAUCGACGUA